GCUUCUGUCUUCAGUUCUGAUAGGUUAUUAUUUUUGGAAUAUCUGCAAUGGAGUCUACGAAAGUGCUAGCCUCGCUGCUACUGAUUGCUUUGGUGGCUCUAUCUCCUGCCGAAGGAAUCAGCAGGCCUCUGCCUCCCUACGUGGGUCUGCCCACCCAGGAUGGCCUCACCCGGUUGUUCCUCAAUUCCCGGGUCACCCAUCGCGAUCCCUUCGCCUCGGUGGCCUGUUUCGGUGGCUACAUCGGUGAAUCCAACCUGAUCGCCGAACUGUACAGUAACAACUUCACCAAUUGUCUUAAGACCUCGACGAACUCAAGGAGGGGCAUUGAUGCCGAUUUCCUGGCCACUCGCAGGACCAUCCGACUCUCCUCCGAGAGGGUUUGCCAGGAGCUCAGCGCUUGCAAUGGCAUCAACAGCACCCUCGCCUCCUUCAAAUGCCAUGCGAAUGUGGGCUCCAACAACACCGUCUCCACGUACAGCAUCUCGGGCAAUGCCUCCGAAUCGGCCAGUUUGCUGGAGGAACGCUACCGAGUGGUGGAACUUCAGCACGACCAGUGUCGCCGCAAGGCGGAGAAAAACUACGUGGAGUCCACGGCCAAGAACUACAACCACCUGCAGGCCUGUUUGGACGGACGUGUGCAGCCGAAGCCCAUGCCUAAGCCCACAACUACGACCUCCACAACUAGCACCACCACCACCACCACCACGACCACGGAGGCACCCACCGAACCACCGACCACCACCGAGACGCCUUUAAACCUGGACGAUCAGUUCAAGCAGCUUUUGAAUUUGUUAAACUAAUGCCCGCCAAAGUGUACAACUUUCUCAAGAAGCGGCUACGUAAUUAAAGCAAGCAUUUGCACAACUUGAAA